AUGGCGACUAUGCCAAACAUUCCAGAGCCGCUAUCAACAGCAAGCUCGAUGUCCAGAUCAAGGAUUCAGAAAACUGUACUCGACACUGUCUAUUCUGAACAAUGUGAACUUCCAACUGGAAAACUUCCAACAGAAAAAGACAUUGUAUGUUGUAUGAUGUACAUUUUGCGACCUGACAGAGCAGGAAAAGCACUAAGAACGCUUCAAGAAGCUGCUACACUUAUGACAAAUGCUCUCAUUGAACACUGGCAUUUCUGUAACGUGUAUACAAUUGGGGAGAGACACAUAGUAAAGAAGAUGUGUGCCCUCUACAACGAGUUUAAGGGUAAUUUUCAAACAAGGAAUGAAAGGAAAACGGAGAAAUGGAAGGAGAAAAUGUCAACAUACAACAAGCGAGUACAAUGCACGCUGUUCGACAUAUCUACACAAGAUGUACAGAGGACGAAAAGACUCGAAGAGCAAUAUGGAGUUAAAGUGACAUUAUCAGAGCAUGCCAUUCUUGAAGACCAGAAAGGUGCAAUGAUUGGAUAUUGGGAACAAACUACACAGAGGAGACAUGAAGAUCAGCUCACUUACGAAAAGAUGAAGAAGGAAGAAGAAACCUCUCAGUCUGAAGCGAUAUCAUGGGAUCACGUAGUUUCUGAACUGGUGGAAGAUGGCAGUACAGCAAGCGAGGACGACACAGAACAAGCCUAUACUGGAAGCACAACAGACAGCGAAUGUGACCCACGACCCUCUAAGAUGAGACGAGUCUCUGAUGUCAGAGAAAAAAAUAUCUGA